GACAGAUCAUCGCUGAAAGUUGUCAAAAAAAAGAUCAAAAAGAAACGAAAUGUCUUUGAAGCUGUUUUCGUGCCUCUUUGUGCUUGUCCUGGCGGCCAUUGCCUGCGAGGGACAGUCGAAUCCGUAUCUGAGGAAUCCCUACUAUAGGGACCUGUACUACCGCAACCGGGAUCUGUACAAUCUAAGGCGCUACUAUGAUGGUUUCUACAAGAAGUACAAUCCCUACAUUGCCGCCGCCCAGGCUAGGAUUGUGGAGCAGAACAAUGAUGUGAACUAUGGUGCCGGUACCUACUCUUAUUCCUACGAAACGGAGAACGGCAUCCAUGGCGAGGAGAAGGGCGUGCCCGUCAACAUUGGCAACCAGGAGAAGGAGGAGCAAGUGGAGGGUGCCUACUCCUUCAUCACGCCCGAGGGUCUGCGCGUGGGAGUCAAGUAUUUGGCUGAUGCCAAUGGUUUCAGGCCAGUGAUCACCUAUGACGGCGUCAACUCUGCUUUUUAUGCCAGCCAACCGGCUGCGGCUAAUGUGGUCUACACCAAGCAUUAA